AUGUUCUCGAGAGGGGUGAAUGAGGAUGUGCUUAAGUCAGAGGGGCACAACGUGCCGAGGCCGAUGACGGAGGUGGAGCAGGCCAACGCGGAGCCGUACAAGAUGCGCUUCUGGUACAACUUCGUGGACCCGCAACAUAAGAACCACCAGCGGCCUCUGGUGGAUGUGUCGUCGCCGUUCAACGUGCUCGAUGAGACACACCAGGCCCGCCGCUACGGUGUGCAGAAGGUAGCUGUGGGCUUCUUAUCGCUCAACGAGUUUAUUGGCACUCAUGAGGAGGUGCCCUACACAGAGAGCCACCACACCAGUGAAAUCUUCCGGCUGUGGAUGGCGGGGCUGAAUGUAUGGUACAUGAACUACUUCAUAGCACGUGCACAGGUGUCCGGCAACGCAACCGGCAACCCGCGCACCAAAUUUGCCUGGACGAUAGCGAUGAUGUUAGGCAUGAUCCGUGUGAACAUUGCCGGUUUCAUUGGGGUUGGCGGCUACUUCUACUCUUACGAGUACCUCUACACGCACGGCCCGAAGCCGUUCCGCAUCCGCGACCCGACUCCCAACGGAUGGAAGCGAGCCUGGGAUGACGGGCAGGAGUGCUACCUGCCGCGCGCAGCUGCGAGCAUGUUCCCGGCGCUGGGGUAUGCCUUCUUCAUGGGUCGCUGGAAGAAGGCUGGUUUCUGGUUCAUGGCCACGCUCUCCGCGGGGAUCUAUUACGAGUACGCCCGCCGCAAUGUUCUGUCAGGCUCUCGGCUCUUCUACAGCUAUCUGGCCAACCAGGAUUCCCAGCGCCAGGCAGCCUGGGGGUCGCUGGCGCCGAACUUGAAGCAUGUCGUAGACCCGGACACAAACCGCAACGAGAGCGUCGCGCAGUUCAAGUACUUUCGCAUCACCUCUGGCACCCUCCAGGACACAGUCUGGAGCAACUGCACGCAUGAGACCCAGCCCCUCGCCCGCGGCGGCAUCAAGAUCCCGAACCCGUACUUCAAUUGGCGCAAGGCGCCGCAGAAUUACAACGCGAAGCCGUGGAAGGUCAAGAACGAUAUGUGGGAGAUGCCGCAGGUCCUCAACGCGCAGAUGCGGAGCAGCGCGAUGGAUUAG